GCAGAGUUUUGCGCUCCUCUCUUCUUCUUCGCCUUCUGCGAUUGCUUUGCCUUGCGUUGGGUCUCCCUCGUUGCGUCACACAUGAAGUAGUUUCUUUCAGCUGCUGCGCUCCACGUACCUGGUACAGCACGGCUUAGACGACCAGCCACUUUCAGGCGAGUCCGGUGACCUUCCGCUUCACCAAUAAUCCUCCGCGAUUCCGGAUGCGUCACUCGCAAAGACGAGGUGCUCACGUCUGUUGCCGCGUGCGAAAUUGUAUCCACGGAUACCGCUCUCUGCUGUAUACAAUACCUUGAUCAGGAUUCGCUUCACGCGAGCAGCCCCGACCCGUGACUGUGUCAUUCGGCUCUCGCGAAGAUUAAAUGCUUCUUCAUUCCGACCCGACCCUGACCGAGGUCCCGGAUUUCUCGCCCGAACAAUUGGAGAGCUUGACCCGUAGCGUUGAGCGCAAGAAGCAGAAGCUCCAGGACGACAUCCACGAGUACAUCCGGAGGAAGCAGGACGAGCUGCGGAAGUAUGAGCGAGAGCUCCUAGAGCGAUAUCGUUCAAUGGAGGGCCCCGAGUCAAGUCGGGAUGCCAAUGAGAGGAAUUCGAUUCAUACGCAGUCAUCGACCCCAGAUCCGCUCGAUGCCUCGCCAUCGCAACCCGUGGGCGCUUCUACUGACCCGAGGAAGCUCGGACCUGAGGAAACGGCUAAACGCACAAAGCACUCACGCGUCCACAAACGCGAAAAGGAACUGUGCGGCCUGGUCACUCCGAUAUUUUUGCCUCUGCUGGAUGCGAGCGAAAGUCCGCCGGCCAAGGAGAAGAAAAAGAAAGAGAAGAGGAAGAAUAAAGACGAGAAGGGGGAGAUCAUUCCACUCUCGCCACCAAACUCAGAGCAAGGAUCCCCGUCAAACGAUGGUGGCAAAGAGAAAGAGAAGCGCAGUUCCCGAAGUCGAAGCAGAGAGUUUAAAAUGGAGCGAGGAGAGCCUUCGAGUAAAAGCGCGGAACCUGCAGAGUCGAAGCAGAGUCUAGAGUCAGCAAAGAAAUCGAAACGUUCGACGAUAAAGAAAUCGUCCCUACGACACAACACCUCGAAACCAAGAAGAAAACGAGUGAGCCUAAUAAUUGACGACCAGAUUUUCCAUCCAUCAGACAACAUCGCUGAGCCCCCGCUCACCUCUCCCACCAGCGAGACUACUGCCUCUUCGGCAUCCACGUCAACCACAUCUCUCGAAUCAACACUGGACCCACAACUUCUCGCUCAGGUCGGCACCCCCAUUCACCACGAACCCGUCCACCACAGCCUUCCUCUUCCAAUGCCACUUCCCAGUACCUCACCCACCAAACACACCGGCCACACACUCAUCGAAUCCCCACCAGCCCUUGAAUACGAGCCCCCGAAAGCCACCGGACAAGCUAUCCUCGAGCCGUCUCCACCAAACCAAGACAUUGACAUCCCACUCCUAGCCUCCAACCCCCCUAUAUACGCCGACUCCGCCGAACUCGCCGAAGAAACCGAAUACGACUUCACCAGUUUCGUUGGCGGGAUCGAUGGCUCCGGCGUUGACGACGUAGACCAAGCCGGCAGUUACGGCUACCCUUCCUCCCUCGGCGCUAGCUAUCUCGAAAGCUACAUGCAAAAUAGGCCGUUGAGUGUUCGCAUUGCAGCGGCGGAGAAAGCAGAGCUAGAGGAGCAAGAAAAACAAGCGCUGAUUGCGGGUAGCGAGGCAAAUGAAGAGAAGUUGGAUGUCGCGGUUGGACGAGUUGAGGACGUGGAUGCAGGCGAUGGUGAUGAGUUUAUGGGGAGCAUGGAUGCGGUUUAAUGGUGCAGUAGGAGUAUUCUCGGAUUUAAUACGGGGUCCUUGUGUGUAUAUAUAAUGUGCUUGAGUGGUAUUAGCUGCAUAGUAGCGUUAGGACUGGGGGGUUUUUGUGAUUGUGAUUGGAAAGGCGUUAUGGUAGUUAGGCUGGUUUUGGUCUGCUCCUUGGCUUUGGCCAAGAGGGAUAUUGCCAGGGUAUAGUAUGGCUGCCUGGUGAAUUGAUGCAUACUGUAUGAGAUAUACAGUGUCAAUG